AUGCUCCCUGUCCUCCUGCUGGCUGGGUUGAUUCUGGCUCUGUCAAUCCCUGGCACUACGUCUGAGUCAGCCACGCUGCGGUUCCUGGGGCAGACGGACUUUGUUGUCAACGAGAGCAGCACAGCUGUAGUCCGUCUGGUUGUGGAGAGAGUGGGAGACCCGGUCAAUGUGACGGCUUUGGUUCUGCUAGAAGGAGUUGAUACCGGGGACUUCGAAGCCGUUAAUGCUGCAGCUUUCCUGCUGUCCACUGAAUCCAGUAAGACCAUCUUCAUAGCUGUGAAAGAUGAUGACUUGCCAGAGGCUGAUGAGACAUUUACCUUUAACCUUACACUGCAGAGCUCCUCUAAUGGCGUGACGCUGGGAACACCAAACAAGGCCACAAUCACCAUCCUGUCCAAUGACAAUGCCUUUGGAAUUAUUGCCUUUAACUCUACUGAAGAGAUUGUGGUCGACGAGCCAAGAGGAAGGAACCAUUAUGUGCCUUUCACCUUGAUUAGAGAAAAGGGAACAUACGGGACUGUGACUGUGAACUAUGAGAUUUCAGGUGGACCGAACCCUGCCUUUGAAGACCUCAGCCCAGACAGAGGAAACAUCACCAUACCUGUUGGACAGUCUGUGGCCCAGUUUAUUAUCCUCAUACAGGAUGACCAGGUCCCAGAGGAUGAUGAGGUGUUUACAGUAAGACUAACGGGUGUAGCAGGGGGAGCUCUCCUCAAGCCCAAUGCUAGCAGUGUCCAGCUGAGAAUCCGGCGAAAUGACAGCCCGCUGCGGUUCUCCCACUCCAUUCUGGCAGUGCAAGAGUCAGCUGGAGUCAUUGCCCUUAAUGUGACCCGUGGUCGACUGACUGAGGACGGGCCACUCGUUGGCUCUGUCAAUACUGAGGUCUCUGUGGAUUACAUAGUGGUAAGCAGUGACGGACUGGGCAGUGCCACACCAGCUGUGGAUUUCCUCGACCUGCAACCAGUCAGAACAGUGACAUUCCCUCCGUUCGUCUAUAAGACCAGCUUGCUGUUCAACAUCAGAGAUGAUGACGUGCCUGAAAUUGCAGAAUCCUUCCACGUGGUCUUCCUAGAGGAGACCAUAAAGGGAGAUGCUGUGCUAGUUUCACCCAGUGCUGUGCUAGUAACCAUCGAACCCAAUGACAAGCCUCAUGGUGUCCUGUCCAUCAGCAGCAGUGCUGUCAUACAGCCAAUCACCAUCAAUGAAGACCUAACACAGAGAUUUGAAGGCAUCAUUAUUGUAAGAAAUGGGGGCAGCUAUGGUUCUGUGUCUGCCAACUGGUCCAUCAGUAGAAACUCCACUGACCUCUCCCCAGUGUCAGAUGAUUUGAAUCCUGCUGAGGGAUCAGUGAGAUUUGCUGCCGGUCAGGUGACAGCUGUGAUUCCAAUAAACAUAGUGGCAGAUGAUCUACCUGAAGAAGCAGAGGCUUUCACUCUCAAGCUGCUACCAGAUACUGUGACUGGAAAUGCAGAGGUGGAUGAGCCAAUGGAGGUGGUGUUCUACAUUCAGGACAGUGAUGAUGUCUAUGGGCUUUUUCGCUUCGACCCAGAAAGAGAGCAAAGCAUCCAGAGCCAACCAGAGGGUCGUUUCCUGUCACUACAUUUCCUGCGAGAUGGUGGUACACUGGGAGAUGUGACCAUGACUUUCACAGCCCUCUAUAUUCCGACAGGCCCAGUAGACCCAACACGGGCCCGCGACCAGGUUCUGAAUGUUAGCAGAUCCGUCAAUGUGGUGUUUUCCCAUGAGCAGACGGUACACGUCGUACUGCCAAUCAGGAAUGAUGCCUUUCUGCAGAACGGCGCUCAUUUCUUGAUACAGUUGAAUACACUGGAGUUGGCUGACAUCAAACCUCCUAUUCCAUCAAACAGCCCAAGGUUUGGGGCCCCCCUAAAUCUGACUCUUACUGUCACCCCUGACAUUGCAAACGGGGAAAUCGGAUUUACAAGUAACAUUACAGUGGUGGUUUAUGAACCUGAAGACGACAAUACCAGCACAGUCAGCGUCCCUCUUCGGCGUGAUGGGACGGAUGGUCAGGCAGAAGUAUUUUGGAGUCUUCGGCCUAUUGGAGCCAAUCAGGAGGAUAUAACUGAUAAAGACCUAGAGCCUCUCAGCGGCUCUGUGAUUUUCCUCUCCGGGCAGAGUGAUGUUUCUAUCAACUUCACCAUCAUGGCUGAUGAUAUCCCAGAAGUCAACGAGACCUUACUGCUCACUCUUGAUAGGAGUAAUGUUGAAAAUCAGAUUCUGAAAGCUGGCUUCACUAGCCGAGAGGUUGUCAUCAUGGAGAAUGAUGACCCUGGAGGGGUGUUUGAGUUUUCCCAAUACUCCAGAGGUCCGUGGGUCAUUAAUGAGGGUGAAGCUGUGGAGCUGCAUGUGGUCAGAGCUCAGGGACAGCUGCUUAAACAGCUGGUACGAUAUGCUGUCAUGCCUUCAGGCAACACUGAAUUCUACGGCGCCACAGGCAUCCUGGAGUUCAAACCAGGGGAGAGAGAGGUGGUGGUAGCGCUUGUGGCAAGGCCCGAUGGGGUACCUGAGCUGGAUGAAACUUUUUCAGUGGUACUGAGCAGCCACAGCACUCCACCCAGUCGCCUAGGCAGCCACAGAGAGGUCAACAUCACAGUGCGAAAGAACGACGACCCCUUUGGUGUCAUUGAGUUCAUCCAGCCAGGACUGACAGUGGCCAUCAAUGAGAGCAAAGGGGACAAGAUGCACCAGGCCGUGUAUCCUGUCAUUAGGAACAGAGGCCACUUCAGAGAAGUGUCUGUUUCAUGGGUCUUGGAGCCAACACUGUCUGGAGAUGUGAAUCCCGUCCAGGGAAAUAUAACCUUCAUGGAGGGAGAGUACUCAAAAAACCUCACUCUCUUCUCUGUUCCUGAUGAGAUCCCAGAGGACAUGGAGAAUUUCACCAUCACGUUGCUGAAUGCAACAGGAGGGGCAAGACUUGGAAACAAACUUGAUGCCUAUUUACACAUUAACAAGAAUGAUGACCCGAUUUUCUUUUCUGAACCUGUGGUUGUACGACUUCAGGAAGGUGGCACAGCCAGCUUCACUGUUCUGAGAGCAGGGAGGGUAGACUUCACUGCCACAGUGAUGUACCGUGUGGAGUAUGGCGAUGCAUCUCCAGGUGACCUCACCUUGCUGAGUAACGACACGUUGCUGGUGUUUGACGUGGGUGAAUGGAUGAAGAAUAUCUCUGUGGCUGUAGAAGAUGAUAACAUACCGGAGACUGAUGAGCCCUUUUACAUUGUCCUCUAUAAUGCUACUGGUGACGCAGUUGUCUAUGGAGCAGACACAGCUACUGUGGUAGUUGAGGCAAAUGAUGAUGCCAAUGGGAUUUUCUCCCUGGAAGCCACAGAAAAACCUGUCAAAGAAGGCAAUACCAAUAACUUUUAUGUCCUGCGUGCCAGAGGACAUUUUGGUGAUGUUACAGUCUUCUGGCAGCUUUUCUCUAAUGACUCAGAGAUUCCUCUGAAGGAAAACCAGGAGUUUACCAAUACAUCUGGAUUCAUCACCUUCACUACAGGGGAAGAAACGAAACCUAUUGUCCUGGAAGCCAUCUCAGAUAAGCUACCAGAGUUCAAUGAGUACUUUGUCCUCAGGCUGGUUAAUGUCACAGGUGGUUACCCAGGUGAGGGUGGACAACUAGCAGAAACUUCCCUGAAUGCCUCGGUCCUUAUCCCUUUCAACGAUGACCCUUUUGGUGUCUUCGCCAUCACUGACAGCAACCUGGACCAAGAGGUAGCUGAGGAUGUACUCUCAGAGGAUGAUAUGGCUGAUGUCACUUCGUUCACCAUCCUCCGCCAGCAGGGUACUUUUGGUGAUGUGAGGGUUGCCUGGGAGAUUGUUUCUGGCCACUUCCCAGACGGCCUUCCUCUGAUGGAUGACCUACUCCUUCUAGCCUCCUUCCCAGAUGAGGUUGAGCUCAGGCCGCAUGCCAGGCGGCACCACUCAGCCACAGACACAUGGUUUUUCUCUGGACUAACAGAGGCUUAUGGAACUAUCUCCCCUGAAGAUGGGCCGGCUGCUGUUCCAAACUUCACUUUCUCUGCUUGGCUUGUGCCCAGCCUGAACACUGACGGCUUCAUAUUUAGCAAAGGAACAAUGAAUGGGACACUGUAUUAUGGAGUAAAGGUCCACACCAAUGAAUCCCAUGUCACACUGAUGCUGUACUAUACAGCAGUAGGAACAAACAAUACACAGGUGGCUAAAGCCACUUCUGGGAAGAUUUUAGAGAAUAAUGUCUGGUUACACAUUAUCAUUACCGUGGAUGAUGGGAUUAUUGAGUUUUUCCUGGAUGGGAGCCCGAUUUCUGGUGGACUAAGGAGCGUCAAAGGAGAGGGCAUUGCUGACGGACCUGCCUCAGUGUUUAUUGGGUCAGAUCCUGAUGGCGAACAGCGAUACACCGGCCUUCUCCAGGAUGUUCGCUUGUACAGGACUAAACUGAACCGCAGCCACAUCCACGAACUUCACAUUCAGCCCGCUAAAACAGACCUGCGUAACAUUGCAGGCUACCUGCGCUACAGGCAGGAUGAGAGGCAGAAGUCAUUUGUGGUCGAGGUCAGGGAUGAUAAUGAGGAGGAAGGUGAAGAGGUGUUCUACCUACAGUUGGUUGCAGUCCGUGGUGGAGCACGCCUCCCACUCCCCAGACCCACUGCGAUAUUGCGGGUCAUGAAGAGUGACAAUGCCAACGGGCUUUUUGGCUUCACUGGCGCGUGCAUACCUGAUACAACUGAGGAGGGCUCCACCAUCUCUUGUGUAAUUGAGCGCAUGCGAGGAUCCCUGGACCAUGUUUAUGUCAACUACAAUGUCACACAGCUGGAUACUUUAAACAGUGAGAUGGCUGCCCAUCAGGAUUUUGUCAAUGCUAGUGGAGCUGUUCUUUUUUUGCCUGGACAGCGCUCUGAGGUGUUGAAUCUCUUGGUUUUGGAUGAUAACCUCCCAGAACUGGCAGAGUCCUUCCAGAUCUCUCUGGUGUCAGCUGAGUCUGGUGACGGGAAGCUGGGUUCCACCCCCACCAGCGGUGCAAGCAUUGACCCAAAUAACUCUAUCAACACUGUGACUGUCACAGCAAGUGAUCACCCCUAUGGCCUGCUGCAGUUUCAGCCCAGCCCCCCAGGUGAAGGAUUAAUAUCUCCAGCAUUAGAACCUGCUCACAUAACUGUUAAUGAGGAAGAUGGACAAGUCCGUCUUUUGGUGGCAAGGGCCCAGGGCCUCUUAGGAAGAAUCAUGGUGGGAUACAGGACAACCCCCUUCACAGCGUCCAGCCCUGAGGACUAUGAAGUUAAUGGCAUGCUGGACUUUCUCCCAGGGGAAAGGUUGAAGUUUAUCACUGUGACCAUCGUGGAUAACCCUGUCCCUGAGCUGGACAAGAUUUUCAGGGUGGAGCUUUACAAUGCUGACGGAGGAGUGGAUCAGUUUCUGCAUAGUGAAGGAAGUGGUAGUGGCGAGAGUGACUCUGACUUCCUCCUUCCCUCCCUACACCACCGUGGUAACUUGGGAGUUGCAUCCCGCAUCACAGUGACCAUUGCUGCUUCCGAUGAUGCACACGGGGUGUUUCAGUUCAGUCCUGAAUCCCUUUCUAUCAAUGGGACAGAACCAGAGGAUGGACGCAGCUCUGUGGUCCUGCAGGUGGAUCGGUCUUUUGGUGACCUCUCCAAUGUGACUGUGUACUGGGAGGCUGAUCCCAGCUCUGAGGGGGAGCUCCUCAGCAGGGUUGGGAACAUCACAUUUGGAGUAGGUCAGACUUCGGAGAACAUCAUCAUCGAUGUGGCCCAGGAUGAGAUCCCAGAGUUGGACAAGAGUUUCACUGUUUCCUUGGUUAAUGUCUCCCAUGGUCGUCUGGGGGUCCGGACAUCUGCGACUCUGACCGUGCUCGGCAGCGAUGACCCUUAUGGUGUUUUUGUAUUCGCUAACAACACAAGGUCUGUUAGACUUCCUGAAGCCGACUCAACUGUCUCCCUGACCAUCAUGCGACAGAAAGGCCUGAUGGGUCAGGUGAGAGUGACCUAUGGGACGCUUACUGAGGCACAAACAGCACCUUUCAGGACGCCAGGGGUAGGCAGAGCUACUGAAGGGCGGGAUUUUGUUCCUCUCUUGGAUACUGUUGUGUUCUUGGCCAAUCAGAGUGAAGCAAAUAUCACUCUCCAAGUACUGGAUGAUGAGGAUCCAGAAAGAGACGAGUGUGUCUUUGUGAAGCUGAUCAGUGUUCAGCUAAUCAAAGGAGAGCAAGAGAGACCAAUUUCCAAUUCCCCUUCUCUUGGCCCCCGGACUGACACUGUAGCCCAGGUUAUAGUGGAGGCCAGUGAUGAUGCUUUUGGUGUCCUUCAGCUGUCAGCUUCUGCUGUCAGUGUAGCUGAGCACUAUGUUGGACCCAUAAUAAAUGUCACACGUGUUGGAGGGAUUUUUGCAGAUGUAUCUGUCAAAUUCAGAGCAGUGCCUUUGACCGCCAGAGUCAGUGAAGACUACAGUGUAGCCUCUACUGAUGUGGUCCUCCUAGAAGGGGAAUCCAGUAAAUCUGUGCCCAUUUAUGUCAUAAAUGAUAUGGUCCCUGAGCUGGAGGAAACUUUUCGCAUUGAGCUCAUCAACCAGACCACUGGUGGAGCUCUGCUAGGGGAGCUCACCCGUGCCAUCAUCACCAUUCUGCCUUCUGAUGACCCUUUUGGUGCCUUUGUCUUUCAAGCUGUUCCAGUGACCAUAGAGGAACCUGACUCUAGCUCUGUAGAGGUCUUGUUGCCUAUAGUGCGUAAUGCAGGUACUAUUGGCACAGUGGUAGUCCAAUGGCAAGCAACUGUAAAUGAUAAACUAGCAAAGGGGGACAUCAGACCCACAUCAGGGGAGGUGAGAUUUGCUCCUGGAGAGACUAUGAAGACACUGCAAGUGGAAAUUUUAGCUGACGAUGUUCCUGAAAUCGAAGAGAUAAUAAAGGUGGAGCUUACUGGUGCCAGUAAUGGAGGAAAUCUUGGACGUGAUACAUCUGUCAACAUCAUAGUGCCUGCUAAUGACAACCCAUAUGGAACUGUGUUCUUUGAACAGUCUGUUUACCGCGUUCAGGAGCCCCUAGAGGGAGUUUACAGAGCCAACAUAAGUGUCCACAGAAGCGGUGGUCACUUUGGCCGCUUGGAGAUUGUGUACAGUACCUCUGCAAUCGACGUUGUUGGAUUGGCUCUGGAUGAUAACCAGAACCUCCUGACGUACUUUGAUCUCCCAAAACCAGGCAUUCCCUCAACCACUCCACUCAGGACAGUUAACAUAACCAGUCAGAAAGACCCCCUGACUGCGUGUGCUGCUGCUUGUCUGAGAGAGCGUGCCUGCCAGGCCUUCUCCCUGUCAUCAGGUGGGACCCCACCUUCUUGUACCUGGGUGGCAUCUGGAGCUGACCAGCUGAUCUCAAACUCUCAGAUUAUGAGUUAUGUAAAAAACAUCACUGCGGCUGCUGUUCUGUUCAGUGCCCAGGCUGAGGCAGGGAGUGAUUAUUCUCCUGUCACAGCUCAAAGUGCCUUCAUGGAUGAUGGCUUUGGGAUCGCCAACCUCUCAGUCCCAAUCUUGACUGAUAAAUUCCCUGAAAUGGAUGAGAGCUUCAACAUAGAGAUAUUAAAGGUAGGCCUGCUGAAUCUGACUGUGGCACCAAAGAACUUGCCCUCGAUUGGCCAGCCAGACAAAGCUUUGGUCACUAUAGGGAUUAAUGGGGAUGCAUUUGGAGUAUUUUUGAUAUACAGCCUCAGUCCCAGUGCCAUAAACGAGGGGCUCUAUCUGGAGGUUCGUGAAGAGCCUUCAGUUGUGGUACCCCUAGUUAUAGAAAGGAGAGGAGGGAAUCUGGGCACCGUCACUGUAGAGUGGAGGUUUGUUGGAGGAAAGGCCACACCAGAUGCUGACUUUACUGGAACUGGAGGGACUCUGGUCUUUGAUGGAGAUCUAAAGAAGACAAUAGAGAUAGUAAUCCGAGAUGAUGUUGAACCAGAGGACAAUGAGAGUCUCAUGAUUGGUCUUGUUAAUACAGAAGGGGGAAGUCGAAUCCUGCCCAGCUCUGACACUGUAACCAUAGUAAUACUGGCCAAUGAUAAUGUGGCUGGGGUUGUUGGAUUUCAUCCAUCUUCGCACUCUGUGAUCGCCAGAGAAGGUGAAACUAUGUCCUUAUUGGUGUUGAGAUCAGCUCCAGGUCUUGGUAAUGUCAGUGUAGACUGGACUCUUCAAGGACCUCGUGUAGACCGGACUUUCACGCAAACAUCAGGGACACUUUUCUUUACUCAGGGAGAACUAAAUGACACCGUAAUCCUUCAGCUUCUGGAUGAUGCCACACCAGAGGACAAGGAUGAAUACAAAGUUUCCUUAUCCAAUAUACAAACUUUUGGUGUUGUGGAGACAGGCCACGCUGCUCUGGAUGUUAUGGGUAGUGAGGCGGUGAUCUCUGUGGACACCAGUGACGAGCCCUAUGGGCUGCUGACAAUUGCCCCGUCAUCCCUCAAGGUGACAACAGAGGAACGGGACCGAACUAUAAACAUUUACAUCAAUAGAGAGUUUGGAGCUUCAGGAGCAGUGAACAUCACCUAUGAGGUUAUAAGAGGUACUCUACAAGACCUGUCACAGGAAGAGGGUGCUCUCGCUGACCCAGGACAAGACUUCAUCUCUGGUACUGGAUCAGUAAUCCUUCAAGAUGGACAGACCUCUGUUGUAAUACCUGUCACCAUACUGGAGGAUGACAUUCCAGAGUUGCAGGAGUUUUUUCUGGUCAACAUUACAUCAGCGGUUCUCAUCACAACUCUAGCCACAGCUCCACAACUAGACACCCAGGGCUUGGUGGCAGAGGUUAGCAUUGCUGCUAAUGAUGGGAUAAGAGGAGUCAUUGAAUGGACUAACACCGUGUUUGAGGUGAACGAAACGAUAGGGGCUCUUACUCUUGUGGCCUACAGGAGCAAGGGGGCGUAUGGAAAUGUCUCUAUUUUCUUCUACGCUCAGAAUCUGGAAGCUCAACAGGGACUGGAUUACAACACUAGUGAAACGAUGCUGCAUUUUGUGGAUGGUGAGAGGUAUAAGUUUGUAGAAGUGCAGAUCAUCGAUGACAUCCUUCCAGAGGGACCUGAGAGAUUCCAGCUCAUCCUGUCUGAACCUUCACCAGGGCUGGAGCUGGGCACCAAUACAACAGCCACGGUGAACAUCCUUGCCAGUGAUGAUGGACAUGGUGUCAUUUCCUUUAACACCAGUGAGCUUUUCUUGCUGCGGGAGCCCACCUCAGUGUCUGGCCUGAGUGCAAGUGUAGCCACUUUGUUUGUGGUUCGAAACCCAGAGGGAGGCACAUUUGGUUCUGUAACUGUUCAGUUUACCAUCACUGAUGCCAACGGCAGUCUGGCAGAGGGCGAUCUUAUGCCAGCUCAAGGGUUUGUGGUACUGGAGGAUGGAGUCAGAUUUAAGAUGCUGGAGAUCUGGGCAGUUCUUGAUGCUGAACCUGAAGUGAAUGAAACCUUCACUUUGACCCUGUCUGACCCGACAGGAGGAGCACGGCUGGGUGACCAACUCCAAACUUCAAUCACCAUCCUGGAGAAUUUGGCUCCUUCUGGAUUGUUCCGUAUUGGACCUACUAUCAACAGGACUAACACAGAAGUGAUUGCUCUUGAAGGUGGCAGAACAGUCUUCCUCACUGUGUCUCGCAGUAAUGGUCUGGAGUCUGCUGUUAGUGUGGAAUGGGAGACCCUGUCUGACACAGCUUCUGCCUCUGAUGGUCCCCUUUCUGUAAUGGGUGUAUUCCAGAGCUUUGAGGACAACCCCACCUCUGCUUGGUGCCCCAUUCCUGUAGGGCCCUCUUUCCUUGCUAUGAGGCUGGAUAGGAAGCCCAUGGUUGGAUCCUCACACACUUUGGCCACUCUGUAUAGGUGGCAGGGUGUGUUUGUGCCAGUAGAGUCUGUUAGGAUUCAGGAGCCAAGCUCUUGUGUUGGGUUUGCAGUCAACGGAUCUACCUACAUUGGCAUCACACAUAGUGGGCCUCCCUUCUCCCCAGCUGCCAAUCUCAGCAUUUUCAAACUGCAUAUGGACCUCAAUGUCACAUUGGAACAAACUUUCGGCGUAGAAGCUCUGGAUGUGAAACAUUUCUCAACUGAAGGCAAAAACUAUCUAAUCGUAUCGAGCCAGAUUUUCAUCUGGGCUGGAGGCUCCUUCACCCUGCUCCAGACUCUUGACUUUGAACAGAACAUCCUCAAUGUUACUCCAUUCACUCAUGCAGAUGUUCCAUACUUGAUGGUGUGCCUAGACAGACAGACUGCCAGCUGCCUCCUGCUGCCAUGGAUUAAUGGAAGAUUUCAGGAUCCAGAGCCUCUCCAAAUCAGUAGCAGGGCAAUUCAGGCAGAGACAAUCAGCACAAGAACCAAGGACACUCUCCUUUUGGUUCUGACUGAAGGUUCUUCUCCAACAUGUGAGGUGUUACAUUGGAGCUCAGGACAGCCUUCGCCUCAGCAUUAUCAGUCUAUUCCUCACCCAGGCCUCACCUCUAUUCACCCCUUCACUGCUCCAUCUGGGAUCACAUAUGUCCUGCUAGCUGGAACAAAUGGCUCAUCCCUCUACUCCUGGAGAUCUGAUGUCAGACUGCUUGCCAUGAUCCUGAGGGCUCCUCCAGCCAUUAGCUUCUUAACCCUCAUGGUCCCAUCCCUUAACAGCACCAAGACCCUCUUAGCUUCCUCUGAAGAGAACAGCUCCACUGUUUAUGAACUCACUUCGGUCUCCAAUGUGUCUGAUUUUAUACCCAGUUUUGGGGAUUUGUACUUUGCACCAGGUGACAGCGAGCUGGAAAUAGCAGUCAACAUCUUAGAUGAUGACAUCCCAGAGGUGCAGGAGCAAUUUCAGGUUGGCCUAAAGAAUCCAAAAGGUGGGGCUGAGAUUGGAUUUGGUGGUCAGGUGACCAUCAUAGUCCCGACCAACGAUGAUGCUCAUGGAGUCAUCGGCUUUGCUCGGAAUUCUCUGUCUAUGGAGGUGGAGGAGUUGGAGCAAAAUAAUCAGAUUUCCCUCACUGUGGAAAGGAAAAGAGGGACUUUUGGCAGACUGACUGUUCACUGGGCUGCCACUGGCAGUCUGGCAGACAUUUACCCCACCUCAGGAGUGGUAAUAUUUUCAGAAGGCCAGUUGGAGGCCAUCAUCUCACUGACUGUGCUGGCAGAUGGCGUCCCAGAGCUGAAAGAGAGUGUCACCAUCACCCUCAUGGAUGUCACCACUGUGGGGCUGCAGGACCUUACACAGGCAGCAGUCAUUGACAAGCAGCAGGCUCAAGCUCUUCUCACCAUCCUCCCAAAUGGUUCUCCCUACGGGGUGUUUGGAUGGCACCUGGACUCACAGUUUACACUCACACAAGAACCGCAGAGGGUUCCAGUCAAUGUGACCCUCUCUGUAGUGAGGGAGCAGGGCUCCUCAGGAGAGGUGGCAGUACAUUACCAAACCAGACCGGCCUUGUACCUACCACCAGCCAACCAGGCAACUGCUGGAGAGGACUACACCCCCAAAGACAACACCAUCAUCAUGAUAGAUGGAGCAACUGUGGCCCUUGUCACUGUCACAAUCCUACCGGAUGAUAUCCCAGAGCUUGGAGAGAGUUUCCUGGUAAAUAUCACCAGUGUGGAGCUGGUUAGUGGGUCAGCAGGUGCAGGGCAGCCCAGCUUGCAGAGGCCUGGUAUGGAAGUAGCGGAAGUCACCAUCCAGGAGAACGAUGACCCUCGAGGAAUUCUGCAGUUCAGCAUUUCUGAGGAUAUUAGUGGAGUUGUGUUGGCAUAUGAGAUACCACCACCAGACAACAUCCUUCAUCUGUCUGUGGUACGACUCUCUGGUACAACUGGAAGACUAGUCGUCUAUUGGGAGGCUCAGUCAAUUACUGCAGAUCUUAAUGAUUUCAGCCCCUUAUCUGGUAACAUCACCUUUCAAGACGGGCAGAGAGAGGCCAUGAUUGCCAUCACCAUCUUGGAUGACGAUUUGGUUGAGACUUCAGAGACCCUCAGGGUGAAUUUAUUGCGUGUGAUUGGUGGUGCUCGCCUGGGUGAAGUGACAUCUGUAACUAUCAGCAUCCCACCCAACGACUCCCCUCUAGGACAGUUUGGAUUUCAGGAAGUUGAUCUCAUUGUCAGUGAGCCAGAGUUUGAGGAUGAUCCUGCAGCUGUGGCGACAUUAGCAGUGUUGCGUAGUGCAGGAGGUGAAGGAGCAGUACAACUGAGAUGGCAGCUGGAGGACCAAGCUACAGAUGACCUCUCACCAUUAAAUGGAACUCUUUUCUUCACUGAGACUGAUUCAAUCCAGACAUUUGUGAUCAGAGCCCUUGCUGACAGUGUACUGGAAGGAGAAGAGCAUUUCACUGUCCAACUGAUUCCUGCAGGAAGUGGUGCCGUCAUCGACCCUUUAAAUGGUAUGGGCACUAUCACUAUCAGGGCAGACAAGGCUGCUCUGGGUAUCAUUGGAAUAGCAGAGUCUUCCAGAAACAUCCUCAUUGGUGAACCUCAGGGAGAUUACAAUGGUAGCGUUGUGGUCAGCCUAUUGAGAGGGCCAGGUGUGUUUGGAGAGGUGCAAGUGUACUGGAAUAUCACCCCUACUGUGGUUUCAGAGUUUGAAGCAAUCUCUGGCACUGUGAUCAUGAAAGACAGGCAGUCUGUUGCAACAAUUGUUCUGAAGGCCCUGGAUGACGACCUUCCCGAAGAGCGACUUGAGUACCAGCUCACACUGUCAUCAGCCACUUCUGGACUGGAAAUUAGUCCCAUAGCAAAGCAUGCCAAGAUUAUAAUGGCAGCCAGCGACAACCCAUAUGGCCUUUUCUCCUUUACCCAAAGUCAGAUCAGGGCGACUGAGGAGGAGGGAAUGGUAAAUGUGACAAUCAGUCGUUCCUUUGGAAGUCUGGGCAGUGUGUGGGUGACCUAUGAGACCUCAGGUAACACAGCGGUCAGUGGAGUGGACUUUAAUACAGCUUCAGGAAGAAUUCUCUUCACACCAGGACAAACCUCACAACAAGUUGCACUGCAGAUCCACGAUGACAGUCUGCCAGAGGGUCCUGAGAUGUUCUUCCUCAACAUCACUGAAGUGGAAGUUGUCAACAUCAGUGCUGUAGACUACACAGUAGAGGAGUCAGGCCUUCAGCAGGACCAGCCCCCAGCGGUAGGCAACAUUUCCUCUGUCACUGUGGUCAUACUGAAGAAUGACAACAUUGAGGGUGUCCUUGAAUUUAGGCAGGACUACGUCAACAUUACAGUUGAGGAGGAUGUUGGUACCCUGUUGAUCCCAGUGGUGAGGAGAAUGGGCACAUAUGGACUGGUUUCAGCUCAGUUCACUUCAAGAGGCCUUAGUGCAACCCCUGACCUUGACUUCAUCCUGGUUAAUGGAUCAGUGACAUUUAUGCAUGAACAAAAUACCAGCUACAUCAACGUCACUAUAAUAGAUGACAUGGACAGUGAGCAUGCAGAGAUAUUUGAGGUCCUGCUGGUUGGAGCGACAGGUGGAGCAGUUCUUGGCUCUCAACAUAUUGCCAUGGUAACCAUCGCCAAGAGUGACUCUCCAAGUGGCUUUGUCCGUUUUCUCAAUGAGAGCCUGAUCACUGUGGUCAACCCUAACUCCACCCUCAAACUCAGUCUUGUCUUGGAGAGAGCAGGAGGCCUAGUGGGCAAUGCAACGGUUGCUUGGAUCAUCCGUGGCCCAAACAGCAGAGAUAUCCUUCCUCCAUUUAAUACAGACUUCAGAGAGCCUGUGAACGGGUCCUUCUUCUUCAGGGACGGAGAGGAAGGGACACACUGCAUAGACCUGAGAAUUCUCCCUCAUGGAGAAGUGGAGGUGGAGGAGACAUUUGUCAUAGAGCUCAGUGUUCAGUCUGGAGAGAUGGAUGUUGAUCCUCAGGCUGGUUCCAUAACACUCAAGAUAGAGAAGUUUGGAGAUCCAAAUGGUAUAGUCCAGUUUACUGUGGAUGCUCUUCAGGAGCACAUUUACAAUGAAUCCACAGAGGAAGAGGGUCCUUUGAACAUUUCACUUUUGGUCACACGCAGGGAGGGCAUAACAGGCAACAUCACGGUUUAUUGGCAGAUACAGAGUGACUCAGAUAUGACAGGGGACUUCUUAGCCUUAUCUGGCUCAGCUAUGAUAUUUGAGGGCCAAAGAGAUGCUGAAAUAAUCCUCAGCCUGAUGCCAGACACAGUGCCAGAGCUGGAGGAGCUCUACACAGUCCAGCUCACAGCUGUGGAGGGUGGUGCUACUCUGGAUGCAAAUCCAAACCUCAUCAGAACAAAAAUCAGGGUACUUGCUAAUGAUGACCCCCAUGGUGUAUUUUCACUGAAUCCUGAGCAACAGUCCAUAAUGGUGGUUGGAUUAGGGUCUGAAGUCACAAGAACUCUGAUUAUGAAUGUGACACGGCAUGCUGGGCUCUUUGGCAAUGCUAGUGUGGGAUUUAGGAUCAGAGUAGAUAUAGAGGAAGCGAUGGACAUGGAGGAGAUACUGGGAGGACAAGCUGAAGGACGACUUUUUAUGAGAGAAGGACAGACAUUCAGUACUCUCACAGUACCCAUCAGCAGCAAAGUAUUUUUGUCAGUGGGUGAGAGCUUCACAGCAGAGCUGACUGAUGUAAAACUAGUGAGUCCGGCCCUCGGUGCUCUGCCUCGCCUCCUUCAAGAGGCCAGUGUUGCUAUGGUGACUGUGCCUGAAGAGGCUGCCAGUUCUGAGGUUGGCUUUGCCUCCUUAGCUCUGCAGGUGACAAGUGUAGAAACAGGGACGUGUGAAGCAAGAGUGACACGAACAGGGCUGUUUGGGGACAUAAGUGUGCAGUGGAACACCGGAUACCCUUCAGGUCAGGCUCAACCUGGGUUCAGGCUGGGAGUGAUCAGCCCAAGUUCAGGCUCACUGACCCUGGCCCAUGGAGAAAGGAGUAAGGUCAUAUCACUGACAGCUGUUGCGGAUGCAUCUGAGGCAGCUUACUACGCUAUCCACCUCACAGGUGCAACAUCAAGCAGUGCUGCAGCUAGCGCUGCCAGACUCAGGUCAGGAUUUACAGUGGCAGAAGUAGAGCCACUGGGAAUCUACCAGUUUGCCCCUGAUUCCCGCCAGCUGGUCAUUGAAGAGGACAUCCAGAUGAUCACACUUUAUGUCCAGAGACUCUACGGCUCUCGUAGCAACAGCACCCGUCUCUCCUAUACAACAGUAGCCGGCAGUGCGCAGCCUGGAGAGGACUUUAUUGCAGUGCCAGACGGCCGUUUAGUCUUUGACUCACCUCGCCAAACCAAUGCCUCCUUCCGCCUUUCAAUACUCGAUGACUCCCUGUCAGAAGCUGAUGAGUACUUUCAUGUUAACCUCACUGAUGUUAAAGCACUUACUCCAGACCCAGCCUGGGCGGAUACUCCUCCGCGUCUCAACCCACAGCAAAGUGUGGCGACUGUCUCCAUCCUGGCAAGUGAUGUGACAGGGGGGCUGCUGAGUAUUGGACCUGGACUGGUGCAGGUACCAGAGGACAGGGACAAGGAGACGCAGGAGGAAAGGAGGGUGGUUCUCAGAAUCCGCAGGUCUGAUGAUGUGGCUGGGGCGGUGAGGGUUCGGGUCCAGGCAUAUGGAGGUGUUACCACACCUCCUCCCUUCACGCUGGAACCAGUUGGGGCUCUGGCCAAGGAGGAACAGGACUUCCGCCUUGAGUCCACCGUUGUGUCCCUACAGCCUGGUCAGACUGAGGCAGAGGUUAUUCUGCUCAUCCUGGAUGAUUCUGAGCCUGAGGGACAGGAAGUGUUCUUCAUUUACCUCAGUGAUCCAGAAGGAGGAGCACAAAUCACUGAUAGUCCACACCUGGGUUUUGGAGCCUUUACCAAGAUCACCAUCCUUGGAAGUGACUUCCACAAUGGUAUUAUAGGUUUCGGCCUCAGCUCUCUGAUAGGUCAAGUUCUGGAUGAGGAUUCUGAGAACAGAACUGCUCUGCUCUAUCUGCAAAGACAAGAAAACAGAGCCUUUGAGGAUUUACAAGUCUUCUGGAGGGCAACGUUCAGCAAGGAAACUCUAAAUCUUGUCAGCCAUGGUGUCAACCUAUCCAGAGAGCUGGUGCAGACCUCGGGAACAGCACUGUGUAGGAGAGGAGAGAUCAUCUGUGCUCUCACUGUGGAGGUCCAAAAUGAUGAGGAGCCAGAAGAGCAGUCAUGGUUCUUGGUAGAGAUUUAUCAAGUGGGUGCAGGAGCAUCCAUUAAUGAGACAGCCCGUUUUGCCAACAUCACCUUAGCAGAAAGUGAUGAUCCACGUGGGGUUGUGUAUUUUGCUGUGGGCCACAGAUCGCCUAUCGCCACCCCCAUGACCACGAGGCUUAGUCUCCAAGUCUACAGACGAGCAAGCACAGCCUCGGUCAUGUCUGUACAAUAUCGCACACUGGAGCUGCCCGGAGAUCAUGUUGUGGGUCCCUCGGUAAUCCGCCCUGCUAAAGCCGGGAUGGACUUUCCUAAACAGGAGGGUACGCUAACCUUUAAAGUUGGUCAUCCUAACACAUCUUUGGACAUCUUCCUCACACCUGAAUCGGCCUCAUCAUUGCCCCCACCGAAGCGCUUCCAAGUUGAGAUUUACAACGCCACAGGGGGAGCCCGUGUGCACCCUGAGUUUGGACUGGUUAAUGUCACUCUGGUGUCAAACACAGAAAGUGAAGCUGUGUGGGUCCUACUGGACCAAUUACAUCAGCCUCUAAGCCCAAACGUUUUAAACGAGGCGCUGCGGGGACUGAUCAAUCAGGCCACUGCACAUCUUAGUGGUGAGCAGAUGACCGCUGUUCUUGAAGCCAUGGAGAAGGUACUUGCAGAAGCAGAGAGGAUUCCUUUACACCAAAGUAGUCGCAAUUUGACCUAUGACCUGCUGUGUGCCUUGGCCAAUCCCAGCAGAGCCGACACUCGAGGCCUAAGCCAUUUAGCUGACGUGGCUGAGCGAUUCGCCUUCUCCCUCCUCACCAACAGCCACUGUGAGAUAAGGGGCACCAUCAUGGAAACAUGCCCCUAUAUGACCAUCUCCGCCUUUCAGUGGUACCCCACACAGAUCAAUGGACACAAAUUCAGGGGACGUAAUGCAGACUUCUUCCAGCUUCCUGAUCGCCUUCUGGCAGUACCAGCUGUGCCGACUGCUGAAUGUGCCAACCUCAGCCGGAUUCAGCUGACAGAGUUUAGAACUGAACACUGGUUUCUCACCAGUGAUGCAACCACUGCUCUCAGUGGGAAGGUAUUCUCAGCCAGCCUCCAGGACAGAGGGUCAAGACCCCUUGAAGAUGGCAUUGAAGUGGUGUAUCGUAUCCACACCCCAGGACCCCAAGUUAAACCGGGCCGCUCACUGUGCCUUCUCUGGAACCAGACCACAGCGAGCUGGUCAUCAGAUGGUCGAUAUUGCAGGGUUGUGAAAGAGAGUGGGAAUUAUGUGGAGUGUGCUUGCUCCCACUUGUCUAUCUACACGGCCUACGCAGAGUUUGCCACUCUUGCCUCCUACAAUGAGGCCUUCUAUGCAUCUGGAUUUAUCUGCAUCUCAGGCUUUGCAUUGGCUAUCAUAUCCCAUGUACUGUGUUCCCGUUUUCCUAUGUUUGCUGCCAAACUGCUCACUCACAUGAUGCUGAGCUGCCUUGGAACUCAGAUCUGCUUCCUGGUGUCAACUUUCAGAGGCCGAAUGUUUUCAGAGGACAGCUGUGCUGCUUUGGCGCUCUUCUCUCACUAUUUCCACCUCAGUCAGUUCUUUUGGAUGCUCAUACAGGCGGUGAACUUCUGGCAAGUCCUGGUGAUGAAUGAUGAGCACACAGAGCGCAGAUACCUGCUGUACUUCCUGCUGGGAUGGGGACUUCCUGCCCUGGUCAUCAUCAUCUUGGUUAUCGUCCUGCUCGGCGGCUUCGGUUGGACCAUACACGCUGUUUACGGGCUUGUGCAGGGAGACGUGUGCUUCAUCCCAAACAUCUAUGCAGCUCUGUGCACGGCAGUGCUCGUACCUCUCAUCUGUCUGGUUGCAGUGCUGGUUGUGUUCAUCCAUGCCUACCAGGUUACUCAGCAGUGGAAGGCCUACGACGACAUUUAUCGAGGACGGACCAACAGCACAGAGGUGCCGCUGGUCCUCUACCUGUUUGUGCUCAUCUCUCUGGUCUGGUUGUGGGCUGGGCUCCAUAUGGGCUACAGAAACCUGUGGAUGCUCAUCCUCUAUGUCAUCUUCAACUGCUUCCUGGGUUUGUAUGUGUUUGCUGUGUACUUCAUCAUGCACAACCAGCUGUGUUGGCCCACCAAAGCCAGCUACACUGUAGAGAUGAGUGGCCAUGAUGGUCAAGACUUAACAUACCAAGGAGGGGGGCCCACAACUGUAGGAGGAGACAUCAGCAAAUCAACUCAGAACCUCAUCAGUGCCAUGGAGGAGGUGUCAGCAGACUGGGAGCGAGCAUCUCUGCGGCCGAGCAGUCAGCCCAGCAGCGUGUUCAAACCCAGUCCUGUGAUGGGGACGUACACCAGCGAGGGUGGCUUCAUCAACACAAACUUGGUCACUGCGGACGAGGAGUCGCAGGAGUUUGAUGACCUCAUAUUUGCCUUAAAAACCGGGACCGGCCUUAACGUGAGCGAUAACGAGUCCAUCCCUGGAAGCCACGAUGGAGGGAGCGUCACAAACUCUCAAAUAGUGGAGCUGAGGCGCAUCCCGAUCGCAGACACGCACCUCUAACCUCAUACACUCCUUCUGUUCUCUAUAUCAGA